CUAUUUUUCUUCCUUUUUUCUCGCCGACACAACCUCAAGACGACGAAGAGGGGGCUGCUAGAUCGACGAAAGGAAAGGAGGCAUCUUUCCCCCCUGCGGCGCAGGCGCGUUGUUGUCGGAACCCUUCAGCAGAAAUCUGGGUGUCGGGAGCCGACUACGCGGAUGGGCUCCUCCGAUAACGCUAAUUGGUUCCUCAAUUGCCCGUUCAUCGACGACAUCCCCGACGCCGGCGCCGAUUUUGCCGCCGACAAUGGUGGGUUUUAUUGGGAUAGUCGGGGCCUCGAACCUGUUUCCAAUACCAGUGUGGAUAUUGAUAGGUCCUUUCUAAAUUUUGGUGGUUUUAAAGACCCUGGCUCCGCAAAGCGUGCGAGAUCAGAGUCUUCUAGUAAACCUUCUUCCAAGGCCUGUAGGGAGAAGAUGAGAAGGGAAAAGUUAAAUGAUAGGUUCUUGGAAUUAAGCUCAGUUCUUGACUGUGGGAAUCCACCGAAAACAGACAAAGCUGCUAUUUUAAGUGAUGCUGCUCAGCUAGUGACUCAACUACGCAAUGAAGCACAAAAGUUGAAGGAUUCAAAUGAAGGCCUCCUGGAAAAGAUAAAAGAAUUGAAGGAUGAGAAGAAUGAGCUUCGGGACGAGAAGCAGACGCUGAAAGCAGAGAAGGAAGGUCUUGAGCAGCAAAUAAAGCUUUUGAAUGCAAUACCAAGCUAUGUGCCUCAACCACCUCUAAUGCCGAGUCCCUAUGCAGCCCAAGGACUAGCACCAGGGCACAAACUCAUGGUCCCUUUCGUCGGUUUCUCCGGCUUCCCAAUGUGGCAAUACAUGCCGCCUUCCGAUGUCGAUACAUCACAGGAUGCUGAUAACUGCCCUCCUGUUGCUUAACCAAUAAUAUGGGUGUCAAUCUCAAGAACAAUUGCUGAAGCCUCUUCGACAUUGGGCUGACAAGGUUAGUUGUCAUCCCUCCAUUUGCUUCAUCUGUAGGCUUUUUGCCAGAGUACAGUUGUAGGUUUGAUGAAACUGCUGUUUGAGUUAUGUAAGCUUUCUUUAGCUUUGGUUAAGUGGUCACAAAGGUUCUAAUCUGAGAAAUUCUGACAGUAAUUUCUACCAUAUUUAUGUGGAAAAUCCUUGGUUUUCACUUUAA